AUGGGGACGUGGGAGAUGUUUNGUCAAGUUCAGGACCGGGGACAUAUCCUUCGAGAACGUCGACGAAGAUAUAGGACGGUAGACAACGAAGACGACAAGUUCAAAUGUGAUUGCGGCUUCGAAUGCGAAGAUCGUGUUCAUGUAGUCGCGGAAUGUCCGUUGUACAAGAAGGAGAUGGAAGUGUCCGUGACUGAGCUGGGAAAUUUAGAUGGGACGUACAGGGAAAUGUUUGAGGCAUGGAAUAGAGAGGAAAGGACGGUAGCUGUACUGGGGCAUAGGAGGUGGGUUGAAAAGGCGGGAAGGGAUAUCGUUAAGAUAGACAGACUAGGGAAGACAUUUUUGAGCCACCUUUGGCAAAGCAGAAAGGAACGAUUGGCCAUCGGUGAUCGGUGGUUGCUGCUUGCGGGAGAAACAGAAGGCGUUCUCGGCGGGGACGGGGCUUGCGUGCCUGAGAUCUCGCUCGAAAGCCUUCCAUCCAUCGAGGGGUCCUUGGGGGGCUCCAGAGGAACGGACGUGACUGGCGGGAUGGCUUCCAAGGUGCGGGACAUGAUCUCGCUCGUGGAAAGCCUGCCUGGCGCAAGAAUUAGAAUCUUCUCCGGCCUUAGCCCGGGCGGCGUAAAGCGAACAUUGCUGCUGGCGGCCGGGAGGGACGGGCAAGAACCAACGCAAGGCGGUAGCGGGAAUAGUAGCGGAGGCAGCGGUGGGCCAACGACAGGGGGCCUCGGGACAGUAAUCGUGGCGUCUGCCGCCACUGCCGCCGCUGUUGCACCGACGGUAUCCACAGCGGUUGUUGGCGAAGCGGGCGGGGGUGUCUCGAAGAUGAUAGCUAGGGGACGUAGAUAG